CGUGGCCGCACUGGGAUAGAUUCCUCCUCAUCUUCCUCCGCAGCGGGUUUGGGCUCGGUUGACUGGCAGCUGCAGCAUUUCAUGGAGGUAGAGACUCAGAAGCAGCGCUUCCAGCAACUGGUGCAACAGAUGACAAAACUUUGUUGGGAAAAGUUCAUGGACAAGCCUGGGCCAAAGUUGGACAGUCCGGCUGAGGCCUAUUUUGUGAACUGCAUCGGGCGCUUCAUUGAUACAAGCCAAUUCAACUUGAAUCAACUGGAACAGACCCAGAAAUCCAAGCCAGUCUUCUCAGAAAGCCGUUCUGACUGACCUCAGCAUUACCUCUUUGGAAAAGGAAGGUAGUUCAAGAAAUGAAGAGCAGUUGAUGGGAUGGUUGAAGAAAAGGCUAUGGGGGGAUCGGCUCCCACCUUUGUCACUCUUGGGACAUCCUGUCAUUUGAGAAUGAACAAAGACCAAUUUGUGUGUGUGUGUGGGGGGUUUAAGGGUCAAAUGUGUUUGGGGUUGUGUUUUUUAAUGCUAAUAUUGGGAAAACAAAUGCCAGAUGAAUGUAAAAUUCUACUAGAUGUAUAUUACUGUAUGAGGGACGAAGCUUUUCUCAUAGUCCCAUUAACUGCUCCCUACAAUUUUAAUAGUGGAACUGCUCUAUAAUUUGAUAGUGGGACCACAUAGGUAAUAAUCUGUUAGUUGUGUGGAUUCGUUUCAGAUUUCUAGAGAGAUUGACAUACAUCUUUGUGUCUCUCAGAAAGGGCAGCAGCAGGGGAAAGAGUAAUUUGGUACUUGACUGUAGGCCUCCUCAUCUAGUGUUUGACUAUCAGUGCUGGAAAAGAAGAUGUAUGGAAUAUUCAAACAGUAAAUUUCACCUUUCUAGAUGAUUUCUCUCCCUUAUACUGUGAUUCAGUUAAAUAUCUAUAUAAAGUACAGUCUUGAGCUAGUACAGGUAGCCUGAGAGUCUAGAGGCCUUUGGUUAAAGGAAUCUAGCCAGUGAACAUAGUUCUCAUAACAAACUGCCACAAGGAAGAAGUUAACUUACCCUGUAUAUUGGGGUCCAAAAAAAUUUAAAGAUGUGCCUAAAUGAAAAAAUAAGUUAUAAAGAUUUAGGCCACUCAAAACCUAACAGCAGUUUCAGGUAGAGGUGCAUGCCUAAUGUAAAUCAGCAUAGUUUCCGUUUAGCACGUUCUUUUAAUCACUGAAAUAAAAGAUUCUACCAGGAAAAAAAAAAAAAACAGAAACAGAAAGAGACUCACAGAUAUAGAAAACAAACUUACGGUUACCAAAAGGGAAAGGGAGUGGAAGGAGGGAUAAAUUAGGAGCUUAGGAUAAACAGAUACAAACUACUAUAUACAGAUAAACAACAAGGUCCUACUGUAGAGCACAGGGAACUAUAUUCAAUAUCUUGUAAUAAACCAUAAUGGAAAAGACAAGAGUAAAUGAGGUCAGCUGGGAGUCUCUUGGGCUGUGGUGGGAGAGGUGGGGUUGGGCUUUGAAUGAGAGGAGCUAGAUAGAAAAAAGGUGUGACUGGCGUAGGGUCAGCACAUGCAAUACUGGAGAAGACGUAGGGCUUGUGACUUCCACACAAGGUCAAAACCUGUGUUCCUGUUUUAUUGGGUUGGCCAAAAAGUUCGUUCGGGUUUUCCGGUAAGAUGCUACCGAAAAACCCGAACCAACUUUUCUGGCCAAUCCAGUAUUUUGUAACUCUUGCAGUUUUAGGUUUUUCUGUAUAUGUCUAUGAUCCAUAGUUAUUUAAUUUUUAUAAGUUCUCUUUGCAUACCCAAUUGCACACCCAACUGCUACCACACACUGAUCUAACAAAUCAUUCUUUCUAUACCAAAUUGCUUUUGUUCCUUCACUGAAAAACAACUGAUCAGUUGUGUGUAUGUUUAUUUCUAGACCUCCUAUUCCCUUACAUUUAUCUAUUUGUAUUUACACUAGCACUUUCUUGUUUCCAGGUUGUUUUGGCUAUUCUUGGUCCUUUGCACUUGCAUUGUCAUUGUAGAAUCCACUUCGCAAUUU